CUCUCGGUGGGACUGGGGGCUGAACGACGGACCGACGGACGACAGCCCACCAGCAAAGGAAAAAAAAAACAACACACCAUGUGAAGAAAAAGGUGUAUAUAUAUAUAUAUAUAUAUUACGAGAAGGGACACGGAGAGCGAACCUGCGAGGGGAAGAGGGGGAAGAGAAGCUAUUCAUUCGCCUCACCGCCGGGUCAGCGUCUCCUACGGCUCGGCAGAGAGCGAAUGGACAGAGCCGGAGCGGAGCAGGACGGUGUCGCCAACGGUCCGAGCUCACCGAGCGUCCGCAGCCCCCGGGGGGGGGCGGGGGGGUUGAUACACUCACCGGGUCCGAGGUGUUAGCCUGCGAAGAGGCUUCUCCGAAACGGUAGCAGAAACGUAUACCAUGCCGACGAGCGAUGGCCCCAGUCACUUCCCCGUCUUUGUUCCUCCGCCCCGCGGCAACCACCAGAGGCCCCCAGGCUAUGUCCCUGGGAGAGUGGCUCCGGUCCCCUCGCCGCCACCCGCCAAAGCUCCACCGCCGCCACCGCUAAAACCUCAUGGCCUGCCGCCGCCGCCACAGCGACCAGCCACUUUCAACCUGUCAGAGGAGAACCAGCGCAGGGACCGCGCUCAGAGCCUCCAGCAACGGAAGAACACGUUGAUCUGCUUUGGAGUGUCGAUGGGCGCAUUGUUCCUCACGCUUAUCCUCUUCCUCAGUCUCACAAGUGGAGACAUGUUAGACGAGAACUGUCCUGACCACAGUCCUUCCCUUAGUAGCUGGAACCCGGGUCAUCAACCAGAGAAGGCUGUUGUUGUCAGGAGGGGACAUUUGUUUCGACUGGAUUCUUCUGCUUCCUUGUUUUCACUAACCAUUCAGUCGGGGGGUCGGGUAGUUUUUGCAGACAAUGCUGAUGGCUCCAAAAACAUAACCUUGAGAACUCACCACAUCCUCAUAGAAGAAGGUGGAGCCCUUCACGUCGGCGCUCCCAAAUGUCGCUACCGCUCUCUUGCCACCAUUGCCCUUGUGGGCCGUUCUGAUGACAAGGCAGUUCCCGAGUUCCCCGGCCUGGGCCGCAAGUUCAUCGGAGUUCAGAGCGGUGGCACCCUGGAGCUGCAUGGCAUAGAGAGAGUUUCCUGGUCUCUGCUGACCCGGAGCAUUCCCGCCACUGGACUGGCCACAGGGGGUCAUGCCUUCCAGCGGAACUUCAGCCGAGGCAUCAACCUGCGCGUGGUGGACCAGGACACAGCCGCCGUGCUGCUGUCUGAACGCUAUGACACGCACGACUCUCAUAACGACAGUCGUCGGCUGACCCUGCUGCUUCGGUCCCUGCCGCCCGGCCGCAUUGUCACACUGGCUGUAGGAGACUCGGCUGCCAAAAGUCUUCUUGACGAAACAAAGACGACCAUGGGAGAGAAGCUGGGCAGCAGUUUUGUCUAUGAUCUCAAAUACAGACAGGCAUGGGCUUUGGUCUCUGUGGUGGACGGAGGUAACGCGUCGUGCACCGAGGACGUUAGGGAACACGAAAACCACGACACGGGAGGGAGAGCUCUGGCAAGACGCAACUUCACCACCGUGGACGGGGUGGGCUUCUCGGUCACCGCCUACAGCGAAUGGAAGAAUGGUUUUGCCAUCUCAGGCUUCCAGGUGGACGCUGUAGACCAGGUGGUGCUCAACCUGCAGGAUGAAGUGCAGCAGGCCUGGAGACCCGGGGAUCACAUCGUAGUCGCCAGUACAGAUUACUCCAUGCACCAGGCUGAAGAGUUUACCCUGCUGCCCUGUCCGCACUGCACCAGCAGGCAGCUCAGGAUACAAGGGAAGCCGCAGUAUAACCAUGUUGGAGAGAUCAUCAAUGGAGUCGACAUGCGUGCCGAAGUGGCUCUGCUCUCUAGAAACAUUCUCAUCUAUGGAGAAAUGGAAAACUCCUGCUACGGGAACAACCUGUGUCAGUUCUACAACCACGACACCUACGGAGGUCAUGUUAAGGUCUUUGGUAACUUCUCGUCAGUGCAUCUGUCCCAUGUGGAGCUGAAGAACAUGGGUCAGCAGGCGGAGAAGGGCCACGACCCCCUCCACUUUCACAUGUGCGGGGACGUGGACCAGAGGGGAGGCUACCGGGAGCCCACCUAUGUGGAUGGACUCUCCAUACACCACUCCUUCUCCCGCUGUCUCACCAUCCAUGCCACCAAUGGUUUGCUGGUGAAGAACACUGUAGGUUAUGACACCUUGGGUCACUGUUUUUUCCUUGAGGAUGGGAUUGAACAGCGUAACACCUUCUUCCACAACCUCGGCCUGCUGACUCGACCUGGGACUCAGCUGCCCACCGACCGCAAUGACACCCUCUGCACCGGCAUCACGGACAAAGUCUACAAGGGCUACACUCCCUCACCCAGCACGGAGUGCAAGGCAGUCUCAACAUUCUGGAUCACCAACCCCAACAACAACCUCAUCAGCAAUGCAGCCGCUGGUUCUCAGGACGCCGGCAUAUGGUUUGUGUUCCACAGCUCCUCCACUGGAGACUCUCAUGGGCUGGUACCAGAGACCAAGGCAGAGCUCACUCCUCUUGGGAUCUUUUAUAACAACCGUGUACACUCCAACUUUAAGGCGGGACUGUUCAUUGAUAAAGGAGUGAAGACCACCAAUGCGAGUGCCGCUGACCCCCGCGAAUACCUUUGCCUUGAUAACACUGCCAGAUUCAGACCACACCAGAGCGCUGAUCCCAGCCGUCCUCGGGUGGCGGCAGUCAUCGACACGCUGAUCUCCUUCAAGAACAACGACUUGGGAGCAUGGAUACGGGGCGGCGACAUUGUCAUCCAGAACUCUGGCUUUGCAGACAAUGGAGUGGGAUUAUCCUUUGCCAGUGACGGCAGCUACCCUAAGGAUGAAGGCUCCAGCCAGGAGGUGGUGCAGUCCCUUUUUGUGGGUGAAAGCCAGAACAGAGGGACCAAUGGAGGACAAAAUAAAUACUGGGGACCAGGAGGGGCCGAUGGAAAAAUGAGGACGCUGCCUAGAAACAGGACGUUCCCGAUCCGAGGUUUCCAGAUCUACGACGGCCCGGUGCGACUUACACAGAGCACAUUUCGCGGAUUCAUCCCCACGCCUGAGCGUUAUACCAGCGCGGUGGGAUUCAACCUGAAGAACACCUGGCAGCUCACCCCACGCAACAACUUGUCCCAGCUCAGCUUCCACUCCACCGUGGGACUGCGGACGUUCUUUGGUCGCCCCGGGCAGUGGUUUGAAGAGAACGACCUGGACGGUGACAAGAACUCCAUCUUCCACGACGUGGACGGGUCAGUAACCGGCUACAAGGACACGUAUGUCGGCAGAGCGGACAAUUACCUGAUCCGACAUCCUGGCUGUGUGCACAUGUCCCAGUGGAAUGGAGUGAUCUGCAGCGGCCGCUACUCUCAGGUGUACAUCCAGACGCAGGGAGCCCCCAGCCUGAGUUUAUCCAUAAGCAGAGAUGAAUAUCCUGACGCUCCUCUGGUAUUGAGAGGGAUUAACAGCCAGGGGGCGCUGUCUCAGCAGUACCAGCCCAUCCUCAUGAUGAGCAAGACCUACACUCUGCACUGGAGUGGACCUGCACCCAGAGAGGUCGUCCUCUCUCUCAUCAACUUUGAUAAGGACGACUGGGUCCUGGUGGGACUUUGUUACCCAACAGAAACCACAUUUCAGAUCAUGGCCGACAUCAACGACAGGCAGAGCAACACCUUUGAUGACAUCACAGACUACGGCACCGUGUCCUCCCUCGCAGAGCUGGAGAGGAGACCAAUGGAAAGAAAGUAUUUCUUUGACCAACCGGCCGGCCUGUUGUGGCUCUACCUUCGUGCCCGGCAGGGUCGUGACGGUCACAGCUACUGUUCGGUAAAAGGCUGUGAAAGAGUGAAAGUCAUGGCCACCACAUCCUCCAGACAGACCUGUAACUGCACAGCUAAGGCCUACCCCAAGUACUCCAAGACUCCCUCAACUGUGGUGCCUAUGCCGGCUCUAAACACGCAGACCUGCGAAGGCUGCGGUGCAAAGCAGCUUGUGUUUUCCAGCGAGCCUUGGACCUCCUACCUCCAGACACAGAUCAAGUCUCUCAGCAGCAAAGAGCAGCAGAGAGGAGAUAGCAGCUCCUUUAUUACUGUCAAUGAAGUGACCAUGCCCUUCUCUCAGCCGGGGUAUUUCCUGGUCUCAGUGGAUGCCUGCUCCGGAAAGGUCACCAAGAAAAAUUUAUUUUCCAAAAUGGAUGCCAAAAUGGAACAGUACCUAAAAACUGGAAUACCAAAGAGGUCCAUCGUUCUCAUGGCAACGCGAGGUCAGCCAGAGGGCCUGGUUGGUGUCGCACCAUUUCUGGUCUCUUUGGGUUUGGCCAAAGCCGCUGGUCUGCACAGUAAAGAGAGUCUGGCACUCUGGGGCUUUCAGGGUGGUUCUUCGCCCCCUUCGUGGGUUUCUCUACUUGCCGGGCAGGGGGAUGACUUCCUGCGGCUGCAGGAGCGUUACCUCCCCCUGGGUUUGGAGGCAUACAGCUGCACACCGCCUACAGCUCACACGCGCAAAGACUUGGAGCUCCUCCGAAAAGCCACGGGACUACAAUGACCAAUGUUUACUACACAACUAACCUACCCAAGACACUCUUGUACACAGAUACACAAGCACACACAACCAGCUGACGAAUGUGAACUGCUGAACCUUUAAUUUAUAAGAUUGGUGGAGAUGUUUACCAAUUUCAAGUGAGAGAAGGUAUUUUAUUAUGAACAGGGGGAGUAUUUUUUAUGAUUUUGUUUGUGUGUGCACAUGUGUAUGUGUAUGUGUAAGUGUGCCUCGGGGCCGCUGAGUCAAUGCACUUUCGUUCUAAAGACACAACUUGCCUUAUCAGCCAAAGUGAUUGAAUGGAGCUCCGCAAUGCUGAAAACUCAGUUGUUUAUCUCGGAAAAACAGAAAAGCAAACAAACGCAACCUUUAAUAUCUACCCACCGAUCUUAUUGUUCGUCGUGUUGCAAAUGAAAACACAAUGAAUUGUAUUGAGUCUGAAAAAAAAACAAUGCAUUAGACACACGCAGGCCAGCAGGAUAUAAUGAAAAUGAACUACAUUGUCCCUGAAAUGAGACCGUGUUUGAUUGGAACUGAAGAUGGAAGAUGGAAGAGACGCGCUCAGGUUCAAAAGGAAAUUAUGAAAAUAAAUGCCAUCGCAUCUGAGAAUUUAACAGCGACAUAAAGACAAAGAUUAAAAUGUAAUGUAAUAAAACAGCCGCUGGGUGGGUUCGGUAUAUUAGGGGGGUUAUUUUUAUGCAAAAUGCGUUUUAAAAACAAAGUCAUAACAAGCCAUAUUGUUAUUGAAAUAGUCAUAUAGGUAUACGGUUAGUUUGCAGGGAAAUUAAACAUAUGAUAAUGCCUUUAAAUCGAUAACUUAAUAAUGUGCAGGUCAUGACUCAUUCCACCAAUCCUCACACACACAUCAUUCAGCUUCUUAGUCGAUGUAACGACUGAAUCUUUAACUGGAAAACCUCCUCUGAUCGUCGCGCAGCUCUACAGCCAAAGACUUAAAGCACCUUUUAAUAGAUUUCUAACUGGAUAUUUUGUUUUCCUCUCAUAUUUUUUAUUUAUCUCUUCGCAGUAAAGUUGUCUCAAGUGCUGGCCACAUGUGCAGCACAAACAUACGUAUACAUAUGUUAUGUUGUUACUUCUUUUUUUUUUAUGUUAUUCAACUGCCUCAUUCAUGAUCUUUUCAUGUGCAUUAUUGCCAUUUUCUAGAUGCAUCGUAGGGGGUUUGAUAUAGUGCCCUGACUUUACAGUAGUGAGCAGCAAAAAUACAUACAAAAUAUAUUCAAGGUGUGAGACUUCAUGUCCAGAUUUACAGUAUAUAAUCUCUUAUAAGGUGUUUGGAUGUGAGCAGGGCUCCCCCACUGAGCAGUGACAAGUACCAAUCUGUCACUGUGUUUGCCUGUGUUCGUGUGUGUGCGUGUGUGUGAGUGCCUGACUUAUGUACGAAAGAGGACAAUAACCUUGUUGCCUUUUAACCACUCUACUGUCAAAAAUGUUUCCAUCCCUUGACCUUCGUUUCAGUUGAUGCUUUAAAGAUGCACCACCAGAUUUAUAAAAAAAAUUCUCAUUAGAACUGAGCUUUGUAAAUAUGUUGUUUACUGUUUAACUGUACAAACUGUACAUGUAGUGGAACACAGGUUGUCAAUAGUGUGUACUGUCAACUGUUUUGAUUUUGUUUUUUUGUCAACAUCUGGAAGAAUUUAAAUCAGUUCUUUCAACGUGGAAACUCAGCAUUUGUUAUGAAAUUGCCAAUUAAAUAAACAUUUCUGCUUUGUAAUGAAAAAAUAUUUCAUGACUCACUUACCGGUGCCUGGAAUACAAUGGCCUCUACAGAUCUGACAAAUGCAAGCAGCAUCCUAAUUCUUUACCUCUUUGCAUCAGAUAUACAGUCUCACCACUGGGGGGCAGCCUAGUAUCUUCGAGGAGUUCCUGCUUUUACUCUGAAAUUCAUCUUGGCACAAAUCUAUAUUUUUUCAAAUUAAAGAUAUGACCAACAGUUAGUGUACUAACAAAAUCACCAUCAAACUGUAGCCUGAAAAUAACCAUCUCUGUUUUUUUUCUUACCAUCCCAUCAUGCAUUACCUCAGAGGGAAUAGCCAGAGGGUUAUGGUUGAUUUUUAAUGAGCCUCUAAAGAUUCCAUUCUGCAUCUAUCAAAAAUUUUAAACUAUUACACGUGUGUAUGUAUGGAUGGAUGUGUGUGUGGGGGGGCAUGGCUCGAUGGAUCGCAGAAAGAAAAUGAUGUAUUCAUCAUCGACAAGCGACAACUUCUAAGUUUCAAGAAGAACCACACAAUGAUAUUUUGCGAUGGCGUAAAAAGGUCCCUGACCAUUCAGGAAAUGAGCGAUGACAGACUGGUGUGACACACUUGCAGGCGAAAUGAUGCACAUGGGGACGGCGGCUCCCUCGGGCAUCUUCCAUAAAGAAAAAAGAAAAACGUAAUGAAUAAAUAAUGCACAGUGGUGAGA